GUUGCCAAGGCCUCGGCUCAGCGCGGUGGCGGUCCCGCCGCCGCCGUCCGGGCGCGGGCCGGCGCGAUGGUGAAGCUCGCUGCCAAGUGCCUGCUGGCAGGAGAUCCAGCUGUGGGUAAGAGUGCUUUAGCCCAGAUGUUUCGCAGUGAUGGGGGUCAUUUUCAGAAGAACUACACACUAACAGCGGGCAUAGAAUUGUUGGUGAAGGCUGUAUCAGUUCCAGAGACAAGUGAUAGUGUGGAAUUCUUCAUUUUUGACUCUGCAGGAAAAGAUCUAUUUUCUGAAAUGCUGGAGAAACUGUGGGAGCAGCCCAACGUCCUGUGCCUUGUGUAUGAUGUCACUAAUGAGCAAUCCUUUGACAACUGUAACAAAUGGUUGGAGAAGCUGAGGGCUCAAGCAGUUGGGAUGCACAUCCCAGGUGUCUUAGUGGGGAAUAAAACAGACCUAGCUGAUCGUCGAGUUGUGGAGCAGGAACAAGCACAGGAGUGGGCUGAGAAACAUGGCCUGGAAUACUGUGAGAUGUCAGUGAAGGAAAUGAAAAAUUUUGAGGCCCCUUUCCACAUCCUGGCAAAGUUAUUCCACCAACUGUACAAAGAGAAAGUGGAAACUUUUCACUCACUAGCCUGACUGAAUCUGUUUCUUUCCUUCGGCGUGGCUCAUUGUCCCUGCCUGGUGGGAGCUGUGUCGCGUCCAACCGCUGUCACUUGGUGACGCAGUGCCCUCUGCUGGUCCCAGGUCACAGGAGUUCUCCAGAGGCUGCCACCUCCCUUGAAGUGAGCAGGAAGGGCUUCCUGCAGGCACAUCCAAACUGGCUUAGCUGCAAAAUGGAGUGAAAUUGCAAGAAUACCUUUUCUAUUCUAAAGAUGAAUCUAAAACUUACAAAAAAUUACCUUUUCUUCUUCAUGUCUUUAUCAUCUUACAUAUUGUUGUGUCAUUUCUGUCAGCUGAAUUUGGCAAUACUGUUCUGAUUAGGUUCAGCUCUCAAUCUCAAAAUCAGAGUCCUCUUAUUAAAGUCUCUCUGCUUGUCAUUGAAUUUCAGAUAAAAGACCACGGUUCUGAUGUUGCUAGUGGAAACAGAACUAAGGAAAUGAAAGACAGCCUGGCUAAGUUACUCUGACUCAGCUGUGUCUGGCUAGAAGUUUCAUAUUAGAAAGGGUAAAAGCCUAGAGAGAGUUGCUCUAUUGUGUGGAGUACUGAUGUUCCAUGUGUAGAGUCCUUGCUAAUGCAGUAUGCAAAAGCAUCUGUGGUAAGGCACUGCCUUGUAACUGAGCCUAACACCAAGAGUUUCAAAAAUUUAACCACUAUCUUCCCGAUUAUGGUAGACUCCCUUGGGCAAGGGAAACUGAGUUUUGUAAAGACUGAGCACUGAGUGAUUUUUCAGGCAGCCUUUUCAGGAAUCUGUGUUUCAAGACUUCAAUAUGUGUGGUUUAUAAUCAUCUUUAUGCCCAGUGCUAGGAAAUGUACAUUAAAUUGAAUGUAAGAAAUAUGGCUGCAGAUGUUGUAGCAGACUUUAUGAAGCACUUCAAUAAUCUGGAGAAGCAGUGGCCUCAUUUCACUGGCAACAGUGUGUUGAUGCUGAGAACUCACUAGGGAGCAUGAAUACCAGUUAAAGAGGAUGAGUAGCAGCUCAAUCUAAAAGAAGUAAAAACAAGAGGUUCUUUUGCUAAAAGCCAACUCAGAAAUGACUGAACAAGCUGGGAAAGCUCCUGCUUUCCCCAAACAAGGAAGGAGUCCUGUAUGGACUUAGGGUAACUGGAAGACUCACUCUUUUUGAACCGGAUUCGCAUUACUGGCAUUUGUAUCUAGCACGGGUU